UUGUGUUAUAAAAGAGACAACCUGUAUGGAUUUUCACCAGAGGCAUCGCUCUUCUUUGUUGUGAACAUAUCUCAUCCUGUCCUUGCAGAAACAACAUGUCAAGAAGCAUUAUUGUGUUAUUUGCACUGUUGGGGGCGCUGCUUGUAUCUGGUGCAGCCUCCUCAGCUGAGACCCCUGCAGCUCAAGAGUCCAAAGAGGUGAAUGUGCUAAAGCAGAUUCUGGCCAAGAGGGAGAAAAUGAGAGAUUCAUCAGACAGACUGAAGCCAGCCAUGCGGGCAGAGAGACGGGCACACCUGUCUGAGGAUUCACGGGAGAUAAUGACCAAACAGAUUAUGCAAGCUAUUUCAGAGGUGAUGAACUCUGAGUGCAUGUCAGAUCGGGACUACCACGGCUGGGUGGAUUUUGGACGCCGAGACACAGAAUGAGACUCAGCGUUAACACAAGAAUAGCUGGACUACUCAUUAACACUGCUUUUUGUUCAGACUGUACAGAAAGUCAAGGUUUUACUCAUCCUGAAAGUU